AUGGAUAGGACAUGGGAGGGUGGAUUCCUAGGACCAGACUGGAGUAAGAGCAGAUGGGUCAAUAUAUAUGGAUUUAAUGAUCCACACUUUAUCUCCUUUUCUGAAGCAUGUUGGAUCUCUAUUAGAGACAAAGACAAACCAGAUGUGUUUGUGGAUGGAGCUUUUAAACCAUGGACCAAUGAGGAGCAAUGUCAACUUGGGGACCAGUAUUGCAAGCUUACAACACCAACAACACGCAAGAAUUUUUCCAGAGUUUGGCUGUCCAUGCACAAGAAAUGGGUCAUCAUGAGGCAAGGCUCCAUUGUCAAUAGCACCACUGGGAUGUCAUUGGGUUCCCUGGUUGGUUCAAGUUAUUAUCUGCAUAAGCUUGCUAACUCCACUCUAUCCCAGUCUGGCUAUUUUGUCGCUUCUGCAGUGAUUGAGCAUUGGGAUGUGGAAAUAGUGGAAUAUCCAAAUAGAUCCAAAUGUGGAUGUUUUGGGCAGACCUACAUAUGGCUGUAG